AUGCGUUUCGUUCCAAUCAUUGUGGCUGCCAGCAGCUUUGCAUACGCUGGUACCAUUCAAGUUCGUGGCGAAUCAGCUGCAGUACAGUACAACGCAUACAAUGCAUACAAUACUCCACCGCCACCACCAGCUCCAGCGCCAGCACCACCAGCUGAGAACCACGGCCCGCCUGCCGAAUCACAAGCUCCACCACCAGAGACUCAUGCUCCUCCUCCACAGAACCACGGCAAGGUUCCAAUGUACGGGCAGUGUGGUGCUGGAGAAGGCAAGUGGGAUGGUCCUACAGAAUGCUCCGAGGGAACUUGCCACAAGCAGCAACAAUACUACAGUCAAUGUGUGCCCGAGGGAAAUUCCAACGGUGGAAAGGCUCAGCUGUACCAGCAGUGUGGUGCUGGUGAGGGCAAGUGGGAUGGACCUCGCGAAUGCUCCGAAGGUACUUGCCAUAAGCAACAGCAAUACUACGAACAAUGUGUACCAAGCAACGUGCCACUCUAUGGACAAUGCGGAGCAGGUCACGGGCAAUGGAAUGGUCCAACUCAAUGUGCCGAGGGUUCAUGUAUGGCGACUCAAGAGCUGUAUUCUCAGUGUUUGAAAGAGGCUCCCCCGAAGGAUAACUCUCCACCACCUUCACCAGAGAAGGAGACACCUGCACCUCCCCAACAACAGGAGACACCUCCCGCAAUGGAGUACACGCCCUCCUCCCCGACGACCUCCCCACCCAAAGCCCAACAACAAUACACCCGCCGCGACGACACCAAACUCCGCCAACUCUUCGGCUCCUUCACCGACAAUGUGGGCACGAACUCCUAUCCCGACACCCACUCCCGCGCGGCGCCGCUACUCCCUUUGGCCAGGGCGCAGAAAUUCGCUCAAUGCGGUGGGGCAGAUUACAAGGGUCCUUCGGGUUGUGACAGUGGGUCGACUUGUAAGUAUCAGAAUGAGUUUUAUUCGCAGUGUGUUCCUUUGAGCACGUAG